GAGGCGGUGCAGCAGCUGGCAGUGGGGCAAGGCUGCUCGCACGGCGGCUGAUGUCUCUGCGUCCCGAAUGGGUGGGAGAGGGGUGCUGGAAAUCCCCUCCCGGGAGGACAGAAGGGAAUUCCAGCCCUGCCUGGAGGGGUGCAGCGGGUCCCGGGGCAGCCCCCGGCGGGAGGAACGUGUGUCAGCCCCUUCCCCAGAGCCGCAUCCUGGUGUGGGGAUGCGAUUCCCUGCGGAUGGUGGCCCCUUGAUGGGCGAGAGCCCUGGGAGCACUUGAACAUCUUGGUGUUUGCGGCUUGUCUUUCAUUUUCUUCGCUGCUUAGAUUUCCUGUUUUGAAAAUUGGGCUGAGAGCUUUGUUGGGCUUUUUGAGCCCCUGGCUGAAAUACGGUUGUUUAAUAAUCAUGUUUAGGAUCCUAUUAGUUUUUGAGGCUUGGGACUGAUUGGGGAGAGCAGUUGAGAAUGCCCCCGGAUGGAUUCACUUUGCCCCUGUGACUUGUAGCCGCAGCAUUUGGAGGAAGCAGCAGGGACAAAAUGGACAGUUCAUAAAAAGAACAAUUGUGCAUUGCCUGUUCUAGAGGGCACUUGCUGCCCUUCAAGAACUUUCCUCAUCACAUAUGCUCUUUACACAGCAAAUCUUUAUCUUCUGAUUUUGGCCUUUUUUUCUACCUUAGUCCAGAAAAUGAAACUGGAACAGACAUUUCUGGAAAUGAACUUGAUUGGUGCAGUUGGGAAGAUGUGAUUCAGAGUUAUAAUGAACAGUGAAUUUUGUCCCAUUUUUUUCUUAGUUCAGGAUUUGAAUUAUGUAUUUCCUGAUUUUUAACCUGUUUACACAGUUAUGCUGGCUAGAUUUUUAACCCUUCAAAUAAGGCAUUCAUAGUGUUAGAUUGCCAAGAGAUACCCCAGGUACAUCCAGGAUGUAGAAGCUGGUGUUAUUUUUGAAUAUCUGAUGCUUUACCUUAUAAAAGAAAAGGUUUAAUUGUGCAUUAUUUUCUUCUUGUAAUCCCACUCUGCUUGGAAGAAGCAAAGCUGUUAUCAGUGAAAUCUGGAGUUUGUGGAGAUCGAGUAUUUCCAGGAUUGGCCAAAAAUAAAUUAUGGGCAGCAGAAAUGAUGGAAGAAUUGCAUAGCCUGGACCCACGCAGGCAGGAGCUCCUGGAGGCCAGGUUCACUGGGGUUGGGGUUGCCAAGGUUGGUGCUUCAAAUUCCCUCCCUACCCCCCCAAGCCUCCGUCCGUCAUGCUCCGCACUGGCAUUGGGUCCAUUAAAUAGUGAGUCUUCCAACCAGAGCUUGUGCAGCGUGGGCUCUCUGAGUGAUAAAGAAUUGGAGACUCCUGAGAAAAAGCAGAAUGACCAGCGGAAUAGGAAGAGGAAAGCAGAAUCCUAUGAGACCAGUCAAGGGAAAGGCACUCCUAGAGGACAUAAAAUUAGUGAUUAUUUUGAGUUUGCUGGGGGCAGUGGCCCAGGAACCAGUCCCGGUAGAAGUGUGCCGCCUGUCGCCAGAUCCUCUCCACAGCAUUCCCUGUCCAACCCUUUGCCGCGGCGAGUGGAGCAGCCGCUGUAUGGGGUAGACGGCAGCGCAGCCAAGGAGCCGCAGGAGGAACACUCUGCUUUGCCAACGCUGAUGUCGGUGAUGCUGGCGAAGCAGCGGCUAGAGAAUGAGCAGCUGGCACAGAGGGGAGGUGGCCUCUGUUUUACUUUUGUCUCGGCCCAGCAAGGCAGCCCAUCUUCUACUGGAUCAGGGAACACUGAGCAUUCCUGCACCUCCCAAAAACAGAUUUCCAUCCAGCACAAACAGUCACAGUCUGACCUCACAAUGGAAAAAAUAUCUGCACUAGAAAACAGUAAGAACUCUGACUUGGAGAAGAAGGAGGGGAGGAUAGAUGACUUACUAAGAGCCAACUGUGAUUUGAGACGGCAGAUAGAUGAGCAGCAAAAGAUGCUGGAGAAGUACAAGGAGCGGUUGAAUCGAUGUGUAACAAUGAGCAAAAAGCUUCUUAUAGAAAAGUCAAAGCAGGAGAAGAUGGCAUGCCGAGAUAAGAGUAUGCAGGAUCGACUGAGGCUGGGGCACUUCACCACGGUGCGGCACGGCGCGUCCUUCACUGAGCAGUGGACAGAUGGCUAUGCCUUCCAAAACCUCAUCAAGCAACAGGAAAGGAUAAAUUCCCAGAGGGAAGAAAUAGAAAGACAACGAAAAAUGUUAGCAAAGCGGAAGCCACCAGCAAUGGGGCAGACCCCUCCAGCCAGCACUGAGCAGAAGCAGCGCAAGAACAAGACCAACGGAGCAGAAAACGAAACGUUAACAUUAGCAGAAUACCAUGAGCAGGAGGAAAUCUUCAAACUUCGUCUAGGUCAUCUUAAAAAGGAAGAAGCAGAGAUCCAGGCAGAGCUGGAACGGCUAGAGAGGGUUAGAAAUCUGCACAUCAGGGAAUUGAAAAGGAUACACAAUGAAGAUAAUUCACAAUUUAAAGACCAUCCAACGCUAAAUGAUAGAUAUUUGUUGUUACAUCUUCUGGGUAGAGGUGGCUUCAGUGAAGUAUAUAAGGCAUUUGAUUUAACAGAACAGAGAUAUGUAGCUGUGAAAAUACACCAGUUAAAUAAAAACUGGAGGGAUGAGAAGAAAGAAAACUAUCACAAACAUGCGUGUAGAGAGUACAGAAUUCACAAAGAACUGGAUCAUCCUCGAAUAGUUAAACUAUAUGACUACUUCUCCCUGGAUACUGACUCGUUUUGUACAGUGUUAGAAUACUGUGAGGGGAACGAUCUGGACUUCUACCUGAAACAGCACAAGCUAAUGUCAGAGAAAGAGGCACGAUCCAUUAUCAUGCAGAUUGUGAAUGCUUUAAAAUACUUAAAUGAAAUCAAACCUCCCAUCAUACACUAUGACCUUAAACCAGGUAACAUUCUUCUAGUGAAUGGUACUGCAUGUGGAGAAAUAAAAAUCACCGAUUUUGGACUUUCCAAAAUCAUGGAUGAUGACAGCUACAACUCAGUUGAUGGCAUGGAGCUGACAUCGCAGGGGGCUGGUACCUACUGGUAUUUGCCACCAGAAUGUUUUGUGGUUGGGAAAGAACCUCCAAAGAUUUCAAAUAAAGUUGAUGUCUGGUCAGUGGGAGUCAUCUUCUAUCAGUGUCUAUAUGGCAGAAAGCCCUUCGGUCACAACCAGUCACAACAGGAUAUUUUGCAGGAGAACACAAUCCUGAAAGCUACUGAGGUGCAGUUCCCUCCAAAGCCAGUAGUCACACCAGAAGCAAAGGCAUUCAUCAGGCGGUGUCUCGCCUAUCGAAAGGAGGACCGGAUAGAUGUCCAGCAGCUGGCCUGUGACCCCUACUUGCUGCCUCACAUCCGCAAAUCUGUAUCCACAAGCAGCCCAGCUGGAGCUGCAAUUGCAUCAACCUCUGGAUCAUCUAAUAACAGCUCUUCAAACUGAGACAGAGUAAUAGGCCAAAAACUGCUUGAGAAACCGGCAGAAAGACUUUCAGAAACACCUUUGAAACAGAGGAAUCCAUAAAGGUCUCAAGAAGCCUGUACCAGGUGCUUUUUUCUCUUGCUUUUUUUCCAUCCAUAGAGCAUGACAACAUCAACUCAUCUAGAAAGCCUUCGGCAUCUAGCCCAAGCCAUGUGGAUAGGAGAUGGCUUGAGGUUUAUCCAGUCAGUGACCACAAAAAGGGUGGCUGCUCUGAGCAAGGAGGAGAAACUCAAGAAAAAAUACAAAAAGACAUGGUUCCAUGUACUGUGAACUUCUGAACAUGCAGCCUUGGGGAAUCCAGGACGCCGUGUGUGCUUCAUAUGAAGAAUGUGGACUUUGGAAAAAAGACUGGGCUAGUCCAGUGUUGAUAUUUAAACAUUGUUCUUUUUCUUUUAAUAAAGUUUAGGUAACAUCUCCUGAAAAGCUCGAAGCACCAAGGUUCAGCUGGGGAUGGUAUAUGACUCUUUGCCCUUUGGAGGGGAAAAAAGUUGAUCCUGCCUGUUCAUGGCACUAGAGUUAGUGUUUUACCCCUAAUUAAUUUCAAUUUUUUAAAAAUAACAAUUUUUUGGAAGAAAACAGUUUUCUGGUCUCAGUGAAACCCGUAUUAGCAGGUUUGUGGCAGUGUCCAUUCUGCAACUGGUGCAGCUUUCUGCUCCUUUGGAGUGGCUUAUAAGGAAUGAUUCACCUUCUCAGGAGGGUAGUGAAGCCCUGGGAGAACAGGCCUGCAUCACUCUGUCAUCAGUGGGUCACAGCUCAGGCUGCCAUAAGGUCUCAGCUGCUCUCAAAAUAGUUGCAUCUUUUUAAUGUGCUGAAGUGCUGUUGUUUUUGCAGACCUAGCCCUUCAUGCUCAUACUGAGCUCUCCACACUUAAGAGCCUGAUCUUGGCUGGCUGGGAGGCAGAGAGCAAACAGGGAUUGGAGCACAGCUCAGGUGUCACAGAUGUGAUCUGUACCCACACAGCUCUCUACUGAUCCGGUUCAUGUUUAGAGCAUUCCAAAGCUGAAGCCUUGUCUACUCCUCCCUGUUGGGUGACUUGGCAGCAGAGCUUCCUCUCUCUCCCUUAACACUUUGUAGACUUGCUGACUCAUGAAACUUGCUGCCAUCACUGCAGCCGAUUUCAGAUUGCAGGGAAUGAUACAAUGUUCUUGAAAGGAGCAAACACCCUAAUUACUUUCUCCCUCCUGCAAUCUGCCUGGCAGAGUCUUGCACCUUCAGCUGGAUCUGCCUGCUGUGAAAUGGGCACCUCCCACUCCGCUUCCUUUUCCCUCCCACAUUGAAGGAAAACUGAAAACACAAUGCAGCAAUUGAACAUGUGGCAGCCAGGUUGGAGUGCUCCUAACAUGUGGCAAGAGUUCUUAGACAGAAAUAUUUAAAGAUGCAGUGUUGAGGUGCAGGGUUUGUCCUGGGGGGAGACGAGCACUGCACUACUGCAAUUGAGGAUGGUGGUUAAAAACCACCCUGUGCGUACUUCCCAGCCCAGUACCUGGACCACUGUGGGCUGGGGCAUCCUUUGUGGAGCAUCUCCAGCAUUGUACCCACAGCUGUGGCAGCCUGUGGGCUGUUUGGGUGGCUCUGUUACCCUGUGGCAUCUCCUGGCAAGUGCUGUUCUCCAUCAUGCACUUAGAACUGCCACUUGUCUGCCUUAUUGUAAGCCAUCAUCUGCAAAUACUGUGCUUAAACCUGAUCAGGAACUUGUUAACUGAGAAAUGGAGCAGUCUCUUGGAAUUAAACAACAGGCCAGGGAAGUGAAGAACUCUGCUGCUUAGCUUUUUCCUACUAUUUUUGUAGUGACUCCUGGGCUUUUAAUUGGAUUUACUCCCUUGCAGCUGCAUUAAGGUGGUGUCUAAACUGCUGUAGUGUUUUAGACAAAGAACAGAAAUACUGCAUCUUCAAAUCCUCAGCCGUUCUCUCUUAGCCCUUUCCAUGCCUGCUGCUCUAAGCCAGAAGUUAAUUGUCCAGCAAGCAGCUUCAAUGUGUUUUUUCAGCCUCUGUCAGGAGACAUCAGGGUUGGUGCUUCAUCCCAUUUGCCGAAACUGGUGAUUUGAUAUCUGUCCAAAUCGGGGAGAAUUCUAAAAGGGUUUUUUCUAUCCCGGUUCCAUUGUUUCUUGGCCAUCCAGUGUGUGCAUCUGUGUGGGUGUGAUUAGUUUUGUGUCAGAAGCAUUUAUUCCUGCUCUACAACACCCAUCCACGGCCAGGGGACAGUGAUGGCCUUUUGGAGCUGAUAGUGUGGAAGAACCCUGGUAGAAUUCUGGCUGCAACACUUCCCUUGUUAAGAUGGGUUUCACUUCUAAUAACAGACCCUAUUGCCACACUGUUCAUUUACUUAAAGUGUAUGAAAAAUUUGUAACUUAAACCAGGCCAGACGGUUUUGGCUCUACCCAACAGAUGAGACAUGGAUAUUAAAAUAAGUUUUAAGAAACUGA